CGCAGAGAAUGCCCCUCCCUGAUGCAAGGCCUUAGGACAGUGAAGGGCGGCGGCGUGGUGGCCCUCACCCUGGAGACCGGCGGUCCCCACGUCCAGCCAGGCCGCCUGGCAGCUUAAGGAGGGCGCAGCCCCCAACCCUGCUCGUCCCGACGCCCCCAUCCACGCUCCUUGCGCACGUCUGGCCCCGCCCCCGCCCCGACGUGCCUCCGCGCGCCGCGCCCCCCGCCCACCCGGCACGCCCCGCCGCCCCGCCUGGCCGCCGCGAGCCUGGAGCUUCCCCGCGGGCCAGAGCGACCCUCGCCGCACACGGUCCUCUUCCGCCGCCCGCCGCCAUGGACGUGUACCCCCCGCAGCGGCUAGGGCUGCCCCGCUUGCGGUCCCCCGGCGGCCCCGGCCGCGGGUCGCCCUCCGUCAGCUGCAGCCGACUCCGCCAGGUUCAGAGUAUCCUGACCCAGAGCAGCAAGUCUCAACCAGAUGGGAUCCUCUGCAUCCUAGGAAUCGAUAGCAGGUACAACGAAGGCUGCAGAGAGCUGGCAAAUUAUCUUCUGUUUGGUUUGUACAAUCAGAAUAUCAGUGAUUUUGAGAAAACGGGAUUUUCUGAAGAAGUUCUAGAUGAUGUGAUUAUAUUGAUUAAAUCAGAUAGUGUCCAUCUGUACUGUAAUCCUGUAAACUAUCGCUAUCUGUUACCUUAUGUGGCACAUUGGAGAAAUCUGCAUUUCCACUGCAUGACGGAAAAUGAGUAUGAAGAUGAGGAAGCUGCUGAAGAAUUUAAAAUUGCCAGCUUUGUGGACAUGGUUCGAGACUGUAGCAGAAUUGGCAUUCCUUACAGCUCCCAAGGUCACUUGCAGAUAUUUGAUAUGUUUGUAGUGGAGAAAUGGCCAAUUGUACAGGCCUUUGCACUUGAGGGCAUUGGAGGGGAUGGAUUUUUUACCAUGAAAUACGAGUUGCAGGAUGUGAGUUUGAAUCUAUGGAAUGUCUACAGCAAGAUGGAUUCUAUGUCUCUGGAGAGUUUGCUUUCAGAGGAUUUGGUGGCUUUUGAACGUCAAUGGACUAGCUUCUUUGCUAAUUUUGACACAGAAAUUCCUUUCCUGCUGGAACUUUCUGAAUCUCAGGCGGGUGAGCCAUUCAGAAGUUACUUCAGUCAUGGAAUGAUCUCCAGCCAUAUAACUGAAAACAGCCCUAAUAGGCAGCCAUUUGUUCUCUUUGGUAAUCACUCCACACGAGAAAAUCUGAAUGCUGGCAACUUUAACUUCCCUUCUGAAGGGCACCUGGUACGCAGCACUGGUCCCAGUGGGAGUUUUGCCAAACACAUGGUAGUACAGUGCGUCUCACCAAAGGGACCCCUUGCUUGUUCAAGAACAUACUUUUUUGGAGCUACUCACAUUCCUUAUUUGGGUGAUGACAACAAGCAGCCCAAGAAAACUGAGCAGAUUAGGCUCUUGUCCCAGGUAUAUGCUGCUGUUACUGAGGCUGUUUUGGCUGGCAUUGCAUGUUAUGCUAAAACUUCCAGUUUAACAAAGGCCAAGGAGAUAGCUGAAAAGACCCUGGCAUCUGGGUUAGAUUCUUUUGAGUUGAUGCAGUUUAAGGCAGCCCUACGCUCCAAGAUGGCUUUUCAUAUACAUGCUGUGAAUAAUCAGGGAAGAAUCGUGCCUCUGGACAGUGAAGAUAGCUUAUACUUUGUGAAGACGGCUUGUAUGACCAUCUAUGACAUUCCCGACUUCUUGGGAGGAGGGGGGUGCUUAGGAUCAGUGGUCUUCUCAGAAUCAUUUUUGACAUCUCAGAUCUUGGUUAAAGAAAAAGAUGGCACUGUUACCAGAGAAACCAGCUCCAUAGUCCUGACAGCCACCAUACCCAGAUUCUGCUCCUGGCUGGUAGAAGAUAGUGAGGUAAAAUUGUCUGAGAAAACCCAGCAAGCAGUGAAGGGGGAUGAGUGUUUCCUGGGCACUUUUCUAACAGGAGGAGAAGGAGUAUAUCUUUAUUCCAGCAAUCCACAGUCCUGGCCUGAGGAAGGGAAACUGCAUUUCUUCUCUAGUGGGCUUCUGUUUUCUCACCGUCAUCAUGGAAGUAUCAUCAUUUCCAAGGAACACAUCAAUUCCAUUUCAUUCUAUGAUGGGGAUUCCACCAGUAUUGUUGCUGCCCUUCUGGUAGACUUCAAAAGCUCACUGCUUCCUCAUCUCCCAGUUCAUUUCCAUGGAUCAAGCAAUUUUCUGAUGAUUGCACUUUUCCCCAAAUCAAAGAUAUAUCAAGCAUUUUACUCAGAGGUCUUCUCCCCUUGGCAACAGCAGGCUAACUCAGGGCUGUCUUUAAAAGUGAUCCAGGAAGAUGGAUUAUCUGUGGAACAAAAGAGAUUACAUUCCGGUGCACAGAAGCUCUUCAGUGUCCUGAGCCAUUCUGCUGGGGAGAAGUGGAGUCCUCUAAAGCUACUCUCAGCAAAACUCCCAGAGCUAGAUUGGUUUCUCCAGCAUUUCACCUUCAGUAGCAUUAGUCGGGAGCCUGUGAUGAGGACCCAUCUCCCCGUCCUGCUGCAGCAAGCUGAACUCAACCCUACUCACCAAGUGGAAAAUGACAAGGUAAUCAUCAGCAUUGUAACUGGCCUCCCAGGCUGUCAUGCUAACGAGCUCUGUGCUUUUCUGAUCACUCUGCAUAAGGAAUAUGGCAGGUGGAUGGUGUACCGCCAAAUCAUGGACAGCUCCGAAUGUUUUCAUGCUGCUCAUUUCCAGAGAUACCUCUCCACUGCCCUGGAGGCCCAACAGAACCGCUCUGCCCGCCAGUCAGCCUACAUCCGCAAGAAAACCAGACUGCUGGUGGUGUUACAGGGCUACACAGAUGUUAUUGAUGUUGUCCAGGCCCUGCAGACCCAUCCAGACUCAAAUGUCAAGUCCUCCUUCUCUAUUGGUGCCAUCACAGUGUGUGUGGAGCCCCUGAGCUGCUACAUGGAACACAGAUUUCUCUUUCCUAAAUGUCUUGACCAGUGUUCACAAGGUCUGGUGAAUAAUGUAGUGUUUACCAGUCACACCAUGGAGCAGAGGCAUCCUCUCCUUGUUCAGAUGCAGAGCCUUAUCAGGGCUGCCAAUCCUACCGCAGCCUUCAUUCUUGCAGAAAAUGGGAUUGUCACCAGGAGUGAAGACAUCGAGUUGAUUCUCUCAGAAAAUGGUUUUUCAAGUCCUCAGAUGCUACGAUCUCGAUAUUUAAUGUACCCUGGCUGGUAUGACGGUAAAUUUGAUGCUGGAUCAGUCUUUCCACUAAUGGUUCAGAUCUGUGUGUGGUUUGGUCGUCCCUUGGAGAAGACUCGCUUUGUAGCCAAGUGUAAAGCAAUUCAGUCUUCCAUCAAGCCAAGUCCCUUCUCUGGAAACAUCUACCACAUCCUGGGCAAAGUGAAGUUUUCAGACUCUGAGAGAACCAUGGAGGUCUGCCACAACACUCUAGCCAAUUCCUUGAGCAUCAUACCAGUUUUGGAAGGACCCACGCCACCGCCCGACUCCCGAAGCACACCUCAAGACAGCAGCGGGCAGCAGGAGUGCUACCUCGUGUUCAUCGGCUGCUCCCUGAAGGAGGAAAGCAUCAAGGACUGGCUGCGGCAGUCAGCGAAGCAGCUCUUUUGGGACCUGACCCCUCCCUACAUCUCUGCACAGAAGCCUCAGAGGAAAGCCCUGAAGACCAGAGGGAUGCUGACCCAGCAGGAGAUCAGGAAUAUCCAUGUGAAACGCCAUCUGGACCCCCUACCUGCAGGCUACUUUUAUAAUGGCACCCAGUUUGUCAACUUCUUUGGUGACAAGACUGAUUUUCACCCACUCAUGGACCAGUUCAUGAAUGACUACGUCGAAGAAGCCAACCGGGAAAUCGAGAAGUAUAACCGUGAGCUAGAGCAGCAGGAAUAUCAUGACCUCUUUGAACAGAAGGCCUAGAGGAAGGCUGCAGAAUGUCCACCCUAGAAAUGGACGUUUAGAAACAGGGUGUCUUAACCUCAGCUCUCCCGGAGGCCCCUCCCUGGAGGGGCUGUCUUUGUUCUCCUUAGCCUUUGUGUGCUGGCUUGAGUGCAUGUUGUGUUUAUUCUGUGUACAGUGCUGAAGAGCAUCACCUGCACCACUGAUUUGGGAGGGGAGGGGGGUCCUCAUGGAGGAUGAGCAGACUUCCAGGAUCUCUGGGUCUCUGGUAAUAGUAUCUACUUUGGGAUCUUGAGGCACUGUGCAAGGGUGGAGAGGAGGAUUGGAUUGUAAGGAGGAACUGCUGGGAUGCAGAAGGAACCCUGGCUGCCCAAACCAUGGCCACACCUGGAGAGCCAGGCCACCAUAGGCCUCAGGCCUCAGACACUGCCCCAGAAGAGCCCUAUCCCCAGUGGAGUGCCUGCCUCCCUGCUUAGGCCCCUUCCAUGGAAGGAACUGGCCCUGCUGGCCCUGAGCCCAGUCCUGGGGGGAGCAGCACAAGCCAUGCCCAAGCCCAAGCCACAGAGCCAGCAGCUUGGGCCGAGGUCAACAGCUUGUUCUAAAUGAGGGGAUUUCCCUUAUGGAAUAACCUGAGGGGAAAGGCAUGUUACUCUCCAGAAGCAUGCGGCUUUUGAAUUGACACAAGCAGUCUCCUUAGGAUUGGUUUUGAGCUCCCCUCAUGGCAUCAUUCUGCUUUGCCUAAUUCAGGGACAAGAGCAAACCUGCUGUCAAGACUCCCUGGUGAUGCUUUGCCUCACUGUUGUGGGGAGCAUCCUGCAACUGCUUGGUCUUAAGCCCUGGGCUCUGAUCACUUGUGGGGCAUCCUUGAAGGGGAUUCAGUCUCCAGCACCCAGCCUUUCUUUCAGCCUUGCCAGAGAAGGCCUGGUUUUCAGCCACAAACUUCAGGAAACUUGUGCCCCCAAGAAUUGUUGCUGGCCCUGGACUUGUUCGGCUCCUGAGGACCAGGAAUUUCAAAGAAUUCCAAUAUCCAAGUUAGAAUUCCUUCCAGUGGCUUUGUUCUCAGCUGGACCAUCAAAGCAGACGGGAAUUACAGUGAGUCCCAUGCCUGACCUCCAGAAUUUGUGUAGGGGAGGGGGGUUACAGGCAUGAUAUUUAGGUGAUGUCUGUUAGGACUUCAGCACCUUGGCUGCCUAGAUUGUAAAUGCUUCCUGAAUUUCACAUCCUUUUUGCAUGCCUUAGGAAGAAGCACAUAGGCAAAACCAGCCAAGUUUUCAGUAAUGUAGAGGGGUUUUUGAGAAAGGUCCCUGGCACAGAGGGGAGUCAGAGACAGGAUAGAGCACAUUUGGUCUGUGUGCAAGUAGUAAAGCAGUUGUUAAGAACUUGUCAGUAAAAUGUACUUGUAUUAGAAAAAACAGUUUGUAUUUGAAGCCAAACAAACAAAACUCCAAAUACCAUCGCAUAAGAAAUCUUGCAUGAAGAAAGGCUUCUGAAAAGGCCGCUGUGCUCCAGUCCCAGCUCCCAAAUCUGCUGGUGACAAGGGCCCAGGUGUGGAGCCCAAGUCUGGGAGCCCUCACUUCCAGCUGGCCAGAGGCUGGGGUCCACAAUGGGCCUUCCUCUGCUUCAGAAUCAAUAAUGUAGAUCUUAAGUGCAAUUGAUGAAAUAAGCAAUGAGUUACUGUAGCUUCCUUUAGCUCUACCGAGCUCUUUUUAAAAACUCAAACUUGAGCAGCCUUAGAAAGGGGGGGGGGGGGGGAGGGGGGGGGGCAUCAUAGGCCAUUUCCUCCAGGAGGGUUGCUGUGAAGUUUUAAAUGAAAGCUCUAGAUGUAGGAGCUCGAGCCGUUUCCUGGCUGCUGCAAAAAAGAGUUUUUAAAGAGGGGUCGGAGCCCGCGCAUAAAAGCGGGUCUUCCCACUGCGUGGGGCUGUACUACUACGUGGUGGUCUCGAUUUCUGACCAUUGUCCAUAGAAAUGCUCUCUCACCAACUUGCCCCACUGUCCCAAUUCCUCUUAGAGGGAAAACUGUGAUUACCUCAACUUGAAUAUGAAACUGUGAUUGAAAAAGGUCAAAACGUUAAGUUUCAAAGCCAAAAGGGCAAAACUGGCUGAGGCCUCCAUAGACACUCCUCAGCCUGCUCAGGAGUGUGAAGGGGCACAUUGGCGAAAGGGCAUUCUUUGGGGUGCACUUGCUGUACCCCUGGUGAAGAAGCACCCUAGCUGUGCACAGUGUGAGCUCUUUGAGGACUGAGGCCGGGAGGAUGCCUCCUCCCCGAACUGCCUCUUCCGGAACCUGCGGGGCCUCUGGGUUCUGACUGUGAAGUUUAAUAUCCACUUGACUCCUCCAGGUGGAGGGACAGGGUCUUAGGCUGUUUCCAGGAGAAGGGCUAUGACACUGUUUUAGAUUUUGACCUUAGAAGUGGAUACCAGGGACUCAACAGAGACCUGGGUUGUGGCUUCCUAGGAACGGGCAGAAGUCCUCCAGGGGCUUACAUGCUUUUUGCCAACUUUCCUACUAGCAGCUUCAGUUUUCUAUCACCGAGUGAGUGUGAUAAUCUUGAAGUCGCUGAAGUUAUGGGUUAUUUUACGUUUUGAUGUGGGAUUUUCCUUUUUUGAUUGGAAAGAGGAGGCAGAAAUUGGAGAAAAGGGAUCACCCUAGGAAGGGGCCACUGGCAAGGAGUGUAGUUGGCCCCCACCAGGCCCUGGGGGCUCUCUGACCUGGGGCCUGGACACUGGGCCCUGCAGGUCACAAGAAAUAGUUUCCUCCUAAAUUCUAUUAGGAUUUUGGAGAAUUUUUGCACAGUAAUAAGCUCUGGGUUGUUCUUUGGGCUUCUCAAAAGGGAAAAAUUAACUCAAAGACUGUAAACUGUUAAGUAUUCCAGCCGUGUUGCUGACCUAGUUGGAUAGUUGUACCUCAAAAAGUAGGUGAGAAAUGGCUUCCUCAUUAUCCCAGGUUGUCAAAUACUAAUGACAGAAGAGCUCACUUACGUGCCAAAAUUCACUUUUAUACUAGUUUUUCAGUGCUUUAAUAUUUGUAACUUAAAUUUUAAAACUCAUAUUUACAAACACUACUGUAACUUCAGUGAAACUGAAUUGUGUGAUUGAAGCUUUUUGCUUAUUAUAGUAUUUAUUACACUACUUAAUUCAGUAAAUAUAUAAAAGUAGCCUUCAAUUUAUUUUUAUAUUAUUUUACAUGUUUUUACCCGCAGUUGUGUAUGUGAAUUUACCUUGGUAAUGAGAUGUAAUGCUAAGGACCAAUAAACUGUCACUGAACGA